GCGCGCUUAGUUUAUUUUUCUGCUUUGUGUCGUUCGUCCGAAUUUUAUUCCUGGAGCUUUUUUUUUUUCAUUCACAGUUGAUACAAGAUGACCUUGCAGUGGACUGCGGUUGCAUCAUUCUUGUAUGUGGAGAUUGGUGUCCUCCUCAUCUUUUGCCUGCCUUUCAUCUCAUCUCAACGAUGGCAAAGUAUUUUCAAGUGGAGCAUCUGGAACCAUCUUUCCCAGUUCUGGAACAAGGGCUUUCUCACCAUGAUAAUAAUCCUCAUAGUUCUCUUUCUGGAUGCCCUGCGGGAGGUGAAGAAGUACUCGACGGCUGACCAGAGCAAAGAUACCAAACUUCUCCCCAACAUGUUAGACCACAUGCACAUGAAGCUCUUCCGAGCUCAGAGGAACCUCUACAUCUCUGGUUUCUCGCUCUUCCUGUGGCUUGUCAUGAGGAGAGUCAUCACUCUGAUUAACCAGCUGGCCACGGCUGUGAACACCUGCACCGCUCUGCAAACUCAGGCUGACAGCGCCAACAAAGCUGCCAAGAAAUACAUGGAGGACAAUGAGAUGCUCAAACAGGCACUUACAGAUGAUAAAGGAGAAGGAGGGAAGACUGCAGAUCCAGAAGAGAACAGACUCCUGAAGAAAGAGGUGCAGAGACUGACGGAGGAUCUGAAGAGCAGCGCUGAUGCUCUGAAAAAGACAAAGUCAGAUUUGGACGCCAUGAAGAAACAAACUGAAGGACUGACCAAAGAAUACGACCGUCUCCUACAAGAGCACCAGGAGCUUCAGAAUCUGCUGGAAAGUGGCCACAAAAAAGACAACUAGCCAAGUAAACGCAUUGGAAACCUGUACGUUAAUGCAUAAUGAUGACGGUCAUGCUCAGUUCCUCACAUACACUCACCUGGUAGCACCACAUGUUAGGAGUUCUCUACAGUCGGUUCAUGACAUCACAUCCUGUCAAGUUUCCUGCUCACCACACAUUUGAAGAAACAGUUUUCCCAGUUUCCUGGUUUGAUGUUGAAGCGGUGCAUUGCUGUAUUCUGAGAUUGCUGCAUAAUGUGGCUGUCUGAAACCCAAUACUCAUUGAUGUUUACAGGAAACUGCAUGUAAUUUAGUCCAAAGCCUUAGUGACUGAUGUUUGCAUGUUGCAUUGAAAUACCUCGUGUUGCUUUCCUUCCGCUCUGCUAGAUUCUCUCCCUUAUUUUGUUUAAAAGUGCAUCAAACCAGGUUAGUCGUGCAACAUCCAGAAACAUGCAAACACGAGUCAAUAAUAGUACGAUUAAAAUACUUCCUGAAGCACAUUUCCACAGCAAUAUUUUCGUUCAUAUUUUCCAAAGAUGACAUAAUGGGAGCCUAUCUAAGAUCACAUACAUUACACGCUGCGUUAGUCAUUUGAUCAACUUUAAUUAAGAAGCAAAACCGUAUACACAUAAACAACAGGUAAGAGGUAAACAUCACAAUGAAACAGUCUGUUAGCGAGCGGUUAGUGUGUUUGUUCUCGAGUCUGGAGAGGUAGGUCAAUUACACCUGAGUUCAAAUGCUGUUAGUUGUCAAACAAAUGCUGAAAUGUGAAAUUCAACCGAUUUCACAGUCCAAUAGAGAUCAUUUCUUAAUUUUGAGUCCAUUUGAGGUAGAUGGUUUUGUGCUAUUGAUGCUUAACAUUGUUGAAUCUUACAAAACAUGUCCAGGACAUAUUGCACCCCAAAAUCAAAUUAUAUUUUGGAUAAAGAAAAUGAAAGUAUUACGAUUUUUUGUUGUUGUUGUUUUGCAUUUUUAUUAUAAUUUAUAAACGUUUCAUUACAACUAAGCACAUUUUGAUGGAAGCGUGUUUCUGGCAUGGGAUAAAAAUCAAAGGUAAUUGUGACUUUAACCUUACAAUUCAGACUUUUUUUCUCAGAAUUGCAAGAAAUGAACUCACAGUUGUGAGAAAAGAGUCAAAAUUGUGAGAUUAAAAUUAACGGUCAUCUUUAAAAAAAAAAAAAAAAAAAAAAUGUUAGUCUGUUUAUAUUUUGUAAUCGAUUUUUAUAUCUCUUCUUACAUUUUAUAUUUAUGUCUCACAAUUGUGUUUUUUUUUUCCUUCUCAGAAUUGUGAGAUAUAAAUGGCCUUCAGUUCUUAAGACUGCAAGGCCGAAAAAUGUCCAGAUGCAUUACACUGAUGAGAGUUGUUCAUUUUCUUUAUGCAAAAUAUAGCUUGCAUUUUUUUUGAUUGUAGGGUUAAAUCCGACCUGGACUUGUUUUGGUGAGAUUUUCUCUGUUAUUGGUGAGGGGCUGGGUAUUUUAUCUAAUUGUUUGCCUAUUCUAGUCUCAAAAUUACAAUUAAAACUAUUUAGACUUAUGUGAAGAUUAAAAGACUGUGAAAAUUAUCCUGCACUGUAAGAGAAAAAAAUAUUUUUUUGGAAUAAGAUUAUAAUUUUUUCCCAUUUACUGAAAAUUAGCCGUCACCCACCAUGUGGGCGCUGAAAACCAUGCUGUCAGUUCAUGCAUCUAUAAUGCACGAGGCGUCCACGCUCACUUCCUCUCCCUCAGACGCAGAAAAAUCAGGGAGAAAACUGAACAUGUCAUUGCUAUGCAAGAUGGGAUGGCUGGCUGAUUCCCUAAGGAUUGAAAAUGAAAUGGAAUGUCUUAUAAAGGGGAUCGUUUAUGCAUUUGUUGUAUUGGGAUCUUCUGUUAAAUGUGGUUCGAAUAUGCUAUUUUAUUAAUCUUAUGUUCUUCUAAUGGGAGAAAAAAAUGACCUGCCUAAGUGCCUCGUUUACAUCUUUCUGUGAUUGUAUAUGCCAUUUUCACGAUUAAAGCGAAAAACGCUGCUGAUUGUA